AGUUGAAACUAUUAUCUUUAUAUAAGCAUGUAAACAAAAUAUUUCUUACUGCAAAAAUGACUACGAAACAAGUAAACUUUUCUUCCAACAAGGAAUUAGAGAUAAUUGAAUACCCAGCCAAAGUGGUCAAUGAGGAUAAAAUGUUAGAGACGCUCGGGGGUAUAAUUAAUAUCUCCCAGUCUUUGGGAUGUGAACAGAAACGUUUAGAACUACGGUUUCAUCCGAAGAAUCCUUAUAACAAAGUAGUAGGCGGCGAUGCUGUUCAAGGCGCUGGUUUGCUAAUUUCGGUGAAGGUACGACGCUCCAAAAAGAAUCGUAGUAUACCCGCCGAAUAUCGUUUGUGCAUACUUGGACACUGUAAACGAACUUUUACUUUUAAUAGUUUAUGUGAUUUUCAAUUUCUGCCUUUGUACAAGAAGCCAAAUGGUUCAACAUUAAUGUUUAAUUUAUCAAGCCUAAUUCCUAAAGCUGUCACGGAUACAGAUUAUUUUGCACAAACAGAUUUGCCUUUAGUGAGUUUACCACAAAUAUUUGCACGUGUCGACACUACGAAUUCGACUAUAUUUCGUGGUGAUCAACAAGAUGACGGGCAACAUGAUGUCCUGGGUGUGAUACAGAAAUCUACUUAUGACAGUCGCGACAUAGUACCGUUUAGUAUGACAGACGUUUUUCCAGAGCGUCCAGAUUUACAAACUGUUAAACGGAUGCGUAUCAAAUAUGUAUCUGAUGAACAACUACAAAAAGUCAAAAGUUUAUUUGAAGAAUGCCCCAUUUGGACACGUAUAGCGCUGCUAUACGAAUCUGGUGUAUCUCAUGAAAAACUAAAAUGCAUCGUACCAUCCUUGUCGUAUUACUUUUCGACUGGACCGUGGCGUACUCUAUACGUUCGUUAUGGCUAUGAUCCGCGUAAGGAUUUCAAGAGUCGUUAUUACCAAACAUUCGACUAUCGUCUACGUUUUCGUUCUGGCAUGUCCGAAUUCGUAACUAACAGAAAGGAUCAACUGAAAAAGCAAAAUGAGAGUCCCUACGAACUUAGUGAACUGGUACAAGAUAUAAAUUAUCCAUAUUUCGAGGAAAAGAAAUUACCACGCUCUAGGCAAUGCAUUUUAAGAUAUUGUGAUAUACAUAUGCCGAAAAUUCAAGAGAUGAUCGAGAAAAUACCGUCGCCGCGUACUGGUGCAAUAUGUAAUGAGAAAACUGGCUGGCUACCGGCAGGAUUUGACAUGCAAGUGCGUCAAAUAAUGAGUAAUUGCAUUAAAGAACUGUUACGAAAUCAUUACCGUAAAGGACAGAUACAUGCUGAAUUGGAUUCGGUAGAUAAUGAGGAAGAUGCAGACGCUGAAGGUGAUGUUACGUUUGAAGAAGAGGACAAUUUGGAAAAUAGCGAGCUCGGUAGAGAAAUUUUUGAGGAGUAAAUCACGUUACAUGUAUUUUCUAAAUGCAAAUAAAUGAAUACUUUUAAACAUAUUGUUUAUUCAAAUGCAAGCUU